UUAUUUUGGAAGAAUAUAACCUCUGAAUUUGCUCCUUACAUCUCGUCAACCCCUUGUUUCAGCUUUCAAUGGCGGAUGUUAUUCAUGACGAUGUAGUUGAGCAGAUACUGAUACGAUUGGACGUGAAUGAUCUGAUCCGUUUCAAGACCGUGUGUAAGUCAUGGCAUUCUUUAAUCACAAGUCCUGGUUUCAUUAAUCGCCAUCUGAACCAUAGUUACAACAAAGAUCACUACAACAAUCAACUUGCCCAUAGAAAAAUUACUUUAUUUGAACGUUCUGGUUUCGGUCAUCGUCUUGUUGGUUCUUCCAAUGGCCUGGUAUGCAUCUUUUCAAAUUCCAUUCAUCUUAGAGUAACCAAUCCUUUGACUAGAGAGGUAAGACAACUGGAGUCUCCCCGUUUGAUCGGUGUACUACAAUUAUGUUGGGGUUUUGGUUAUGACUCGUCUAGAGAUGAUUACAAGGUCGUCAUAGGGACCAAGAAAGGCGAGAAUCAAACAUGUUUUGAAGUGUUGAGUUUGAAAUCAAAUGUUUGGAGAGUUAUUGGAGAAGUGAAGUAUACAUUUAUUACUAAGGCUGGUAUCUUAUGCAAUGGUGCACUUCACUGGAUUGUAAAAGAUCAAAACAAUAAGAAAUUAAUUAUUUCUUAUGAUUUAUCUAAAGAUGAAUUCAAAGAAAUUCCCCUACCUGUUAAUGCAAUAUGUAGACGACUGGGAGUUAUAAAAAAUUGUCUGUGCAUAUUUGGAUAUUAUUCUGUUGACAACGUAUGGUUGAUGAAAAAGUACAAUGUAAAAGAAUCGUGGGAACUUCUGCCACGUGAGCGUGAUCGUGAGAUGAAGAAUGAUAUUGUACACUUAUUGCGACCGAGAUUACCCAAGGACGAUGAUGCAUCAUGGUUUUGCCGUCCUAUUGAACAUCUCUAUUGGGAGUAUAUGGAUGCGCCUAUAUUUGUGCAGAGCCUUGUAUCUCCCCAUAUAAAGAAUAGAGGAUCGUGGUAAGUUCUAUUCUUUUCGUUUCGUUUAUCACAUAUCAUAUAUAAGAGAUUUGCCUGCAUUCAUUCUCUUCUCCUUUGGAAUUAUACUGAUGUAACUAUAUUUGUGCAGAGCCUUAUA